GGGGAUCUUCGGACGGCUUCGGAGGUCCCCGGAGAUCCCCGGCCGAGCCGCGCAGCCCGGAGGCCAGCCCGGAGGCGGCGCGACGCCAGCAGCAGGGAUUCUUCAAGCAAAAAUUGUAAUUAUAGAGCUUCCAAGUGACCAACAUUAAGAGGUGACUUCAAGAUGCCCGUAUGUUCCCGUCCAGAAUGAAGACCAAUGCAGAGAUGGUGUUUCUAAGGACUUACAAAAGGUGUAGGCCUCCUGAUUGAGAUGUUCCUCUGUCUUAUUCAUUUGGCCGGGACAGUGCUGCUGCCGGCCAAGCCUACGUCAUGAUUACGCUAACGGAACUGAAAUACUUGGCCGACGCCCAGUCCUCCUACCAAAUACUGAAACCAUGGUGGGACGUCUUCUGGUACUACAUCACCCUGAUCAUGUUACUGGUGGCCGUGCUGGCCGGGGCCCUCCAGCUGACGCAAAGCAGAGUCCUCUGCUGUCUUCCUUGUAAAGUGGAGUUGGACAAUCACUGCGCAGUGCCUUGGGAUCUGCCGCAAGCGGGCCCGAACGCGUCCUCCGUUCCCGCGAUCGCGCGGCCCUUCCGGAUCCAGACCGACCUGCACCGCCAGCAGUAUUCCUACAUCGACGCCGUCUGCUACGAGAAACAGCUCCACUGGUUCGCCAAGUUCUUCCCCUACCUCGUGCUCCUGCACACACUCAUCUUCGCCGCCUGCAGUAACUUCUGGCUCCACUACCCCAGCACCAGCUCCAGGCUGGAGCACUUCGUCGCCAUCCUGCACAAGUGCUUCGACUCCCCGUGGACCACCCGGGCCCUGUCGGAGACGGUGGCGGAGCAGUCCGGGAGACCCCCGGCCUUCGCCAAGUCCAAGGUCCUGCUCUCGUCCUCGGGGAGCUCGGCGGACACCGAGGCCGGUAAGCAGUCGGUCUCCUACGGCCAGCCGGGCCUGGAGCCGUCGGGCCUCGAGGGCGCGACCUCCAGCGUCUUGGACAAAAAGGAAGGGGAACAGGCCAAGGCCAUAUUCGAAAAGGUGAAGAGAUUCAGGACGCACGUGGAGCAGAAGGACAUCAUCUACUGCGUGUAUAUGAAGCAGAUCGUGGUCAAAGUCAUUCUUUUCAUCCUGAUCAUCACUUACGUCCCCUAUUUCCUCACCUACAUCACCCUGGAGAUCGACUGUGCGGUCGACGUCCAGGCCUUUACGGGGUACAAGCGUUACCAGUGCGUCUAUUCCCUAGCGGAGAUCUUCAAGGUCCUAGCCUCGUUCUACGUCAUCUUGGUCAUCCUCUACGGCCUCACCUCAUCUUACAGUUUGUGGUGGAUGUUGAGGAGCUCCCUGAAGCAGUAUUCCUUCGAGGCACUGAGAGAGAAAAGCAACUACAGCGACAUCCCCGACGUCAAGAACGACUUCGCGUUCAUCCUCCACCUCGCGGACCAGUACGACCCCCUGUACUCCAAACGCUUCUCCAUAUUCCUGUCAGAGGUGAGCGAGAACAAGCUCAAGCAAAUCAACCUCAACAACGAAUGGACGGUGGAGAAGCUGAAGAGCAGGCUGGUGAAGAACGCCCAGGACAAGACGGAAUUACACCUUUUUAUGUUAAGCGGCCUGCCGGACAACGUCUUCGAGCUGACCGAAAUAGACGUGCUUAGCCUGGAGCUGAUUCCCGAGGUCAAGCUGCCCGCCACCGUGUCUCAGCUGGUCAAUCUCAAAGAGUUGCACCUCUACCAUUCCUCACUGGUGGUGGACCACCCGGCCCUGGACUUCCUGGAGGAAAAUUUGAAAAUCCUGCGCCUGAAAUUUACCGACCUGGCCAAAAUCCCCCGGUGGGUGUUUCACCUGAGGAACCUCAGGGAGCUCUAUUUGUCCGGCUGCCUCCUCCCCGAGAACCUGAGUUCUUUGCAGAGCGACGGCUUUCAGGAGCUAAAGAACCUCAGGACGCUGUACUUGAAGAGCUGCCUCUCCCGGAUACCUCAGGCUGUCACGGACCUGCUGCCUUCUCUGCAGAAGCUGUCUCUUGAUAACGAGGGCAACAAGCUGGUGGUUCUGAACAACCUGAAAAAACUGAUGAACCUGAAAAGCCUGGAACUGAUCAACUGUGACCUGGAGCGGAUUCCGCACUCCAUUUUCAGCCUGAACAAUUUGCAUGAAAUAGACCUGAAGGAAAACAACCUCAAAACGGUGGAGGAGAUCAUUAGCUUUCAGCAUCUGCAGCACCUCUCUUGCUUGAAGCUGUGGCACAACAACAUCGCCUAUAUUCCCGCCCAGGUGGGCUCCCUCUCCAACCUGGAACAGCUCUUCCUAAGCCAUAACAAUAUCGAGAAUUUGCCCUUGCAGCUUUUCUUGUGCACUAAGCUCUAUCAUUUGGAUCUCAGCUCAAAUAACCUAACCUUUAUUCCGGAGGAAAUCCAAUAUUUGAGUAACCUCCAGUACUUUGCUGUGACAAACAAUAAUAUCGAGAUGCUACCCGACGGAUUGUUUCAGUGCAAGAAGCUGCAGUAUUUACUUCUGGGGAAGAACAGUUUGAUGAGCUUGUCUCCUCGCGUGGGUGAACUGUCGAACCUCGUUCAGCUGGAGCUCAUUGGAAACCACCUAGAAACACUCCCAGCCGAGCUAGAAGGAUGUCAGGCUCUGAAGCGCAGCUGUCUGACCGUAGAAGAGAACCUGCUGAAUACACUUCCUCCCCCGGUGACGGAACGUUUGCAGACAUGCUUAGAUAAAUGUUGAUGAAGGGAAGACACGAUCUCAAAAUCCCUCGAAGGGCUUGGAUUGAAAAAUAAAAAGCUGUUGUCUAAACUGUAAAGGUUGGGAAGAGAGGAAAGAAGAGCAUUUUGGGUCUCAAGUCUAGGCAGGUGCGUUGACCUUCUCUUGCUCUUGUUAGGGACUCCAUGCAGAGUUGAAACUGAAAUCCUGAGAGGUAAGACACGCUGGAGAGGUGCUUGGUGAAUAAAUUAUCCUGUGGCGACUGAGGUGUCUUAGUGCAGCGGUGUCGGGAUGGAAGGAUCAUGGCUGUUCAGAGGCCAGGGGAAAUUGGGCUGUUUUUCUCCCAUCGUUCCAAAUGUGAGAAAUGUUUUCACUGACGUUGAUUUGGCAUCUGAGGCCAAGAUCAUUGAGAUGGGUUCGUGAAAUAUGCACUGUACUGACUUUAACAGGCUUAACUGCCUCGAUGCAUUGUUUUGGGGAGGGGGGGGACUUUUUAAACUUCUAAUUUCUCUCCCAGCUUAGCUACGUCUUCCUCAUUCUGCUGUUCUCAGAUAUGUACAGAAUGAGCCCUGAGACCUCUCCUACCCCAAGCUGUCCAGAACCGAAGUGAUCCUGAGAAUAUGCAGUUGGGCCAGGGUGAUUCUCUACGUCAAGGCCCUUAUUUCGUUUCCCUCAGUUUUCUAUUCAAAAAGUCAUAAAGAAAAAAAUGUACCUAGCUCUUUCCAUUGAGGGAUCUUGACCUCUAAAUCCAGAAGUGAAUUUUGCAGUCUACUAUGAAUCAAAGAACUUUUAACAGCAAAUUGCUUAGAGCUGCUGUCAAUUGUUAAUCUGAUGUUUGUAAUAUAUUCGGUUCUGAAAUAUUGCCAUCCUGUAACAGAUAACCACUGUCUGCCGGUCUAGCGAAAGAGAUGGAGAGCUACCUUUUGUCGAGUUCUUUUGGGGGAUGCCCAGCAUAUCUGGGGAGAGGGCAACUCUCCCUACCCGUCCUCCUCAGGGGAGAGGAGGUGGGCGACUGCCUCUGUCCUCCUCUCCCCCAGGGUAGCUGCUGUGCAGGUACGAAUAUCAAUUUGCAAAAACUGCUGCUUUGUUUAUAAUUCAAGAAAAGCAACUGUCAAGCAUUAGUAAAUGUUUAAGCAAAAUCCCGAAAUAUUUUCUCUUUCCCCAUAAACGAGGCAAAAGACUUUGCCCCAACUCCGUAUUUAUUCAGAAAGAAUGUUCAAAGUUUGCAGAAGGAAUAUGUACAUUUUCACCUGUGAAUUUGUUUUAUAUCUACGUUGUGUGGUUCUUCAGGAAUUCAUUUGCUUCUCUUUUAAAGAUCUGUAUGUUUUACCUAUGGUGUGCCCAUUGUAAAUUUAAUAAAAUGGCUGGCAAACUUUCAGGGAAUGUACAUUUUCUUUUUUCCUUUUUUUUUUCCAAU